AUGGAGUCGACAAUGCAACAACGGCGGGAUGAGAUCCUCGCGAAAAAGGCAAAGCUCGCCGAGCUGAAGCGCCAGCGCGAACUGAGAAAAGCAGAGUCGGCGAGCCGGCAGUCGACAACGGGCAGUCCGCUGGGGGAAGUCCUCUCACCAACACCAAGACGAAGCGAAGACCUCGAUCGGAGAACUGAUGUCAACAACCUCAUCAACAGCAUUCUCGGCGAGAGCAGGCCUGGAUCAACUGGACCUGGCUCGCCCGCCGGUCCAGGGCGGGCGACCCGACCGACAUCAGUCGUCAGCGCAGGCCAGCUUAGCAGCGAUGAAGGCUCCGCCGGCUUCCCGCCAUCUGCUGGCAUGAUCGACCGAGAGAUGCAGACGCUUUCGAUUGGCCCACUAGCUACCGUGUACGAAAUCGACGGCCAAGUCACAAACGAGGUCAAGAAAGAAAAGGAGAUCAUCACCUACAGCAAGGGAGUGCAGGCGAGCAUAGAAUGGAGCCCCUCAAAGGAACGCCGCGCGGGCGGCAGCGACAGCGAGCGCGACGAUAGCCCUACACGAUCACCCAAGAGCAAGAGGCUGAGCAGGAGACAAAAAGAGCGUGAGGAGGAGAUUCGAGCCCAACUGCGCAAGGAGAUUGAGGAAGAGAUCAAGGCAGUCCAACAACCACCCCAGGAAGGCGCGCCACAGCCGGGAUCAGACGAGAACUUUCCCUUCAAGACUCUCACAAAUGAGGAACUCACGGCCGUGGAGAACUCGGAGGAAUUCAUUGGCUUUGUAGAGCGAAGUACAAAGGUGUUGGAGCGGGCUCUCGACCAACAACUAGGCUAUGACAUUCUCGCCGACUAUGCGCAUGCAGGUGUGGAUGUCGACGACUCGGAUGAAGGCUACGGCUCGAGUGGAGCAAAGAAGGGUCGGCGAAUAAGGGAGGUUGCGCAGUUCUGGGACGAGCGGUGGAGCAAGAAGCGAAUGAUUUCCGAUCUGGGCUUCUCCACAAAGUUUCCUGAACUCGUCCUCGCCUCGUAUACAAAGAACCCAUCUGCUCCGCACGACCCGGAUGGUCUUGUCCAAGUCUGGAACCUGCACAUGCAUGAUCGACCCGAAUACAUCUUCCACGCCCAAUCGGAUAUUCUUACUGCCAAGUUCUCUCCAUUCCAUCCGAACCUCAUUGUUGGCGGUGCCUACUCUGGCCAAGUGCUGUUAUGGGACACUCGGGCCAAGUCUGCACCUGUGCAAAAGACACCCCUUACAGGAUCUGGUCAUACACAUCCCGUUUACUCACUAGACAUUGUCGGUACACAGAAUGCCAACAACAUCAUCUCGUGUUCGACGGACGGCGUUGUAUGUGGCUGGACAGUCGACAUGCUUUCGCAACCACAAGAAUUCCUCGAACUUACAUCGCCGCCCCCAGCAAAGACGGACGACAUGGCGGUGACUAGCAUCGCCUUCCCUCAAUCGGAUCCGACAUAUUUCCUUGCUGGCACAGAAGAAGGCUCCAUCUAUCCGUGCCAUCGCUACGAUCGUGCAGGUGCAAAGGCCGGUGUGGAUGGGCGUGUCAAAUACGCUGGUCACGCUGCGCCUGUAAUGAGCUUGGACUUUCAUCCAGCAAAGGGCCAGAUUGAUCUUGGCGAUCUUGUGCUAUCAUCCAGUGUCGACUGGAGCGUCAAGCUAUGGAAAGUGCGGCCCCCAGCCGCCACGGGCGCGACCAAUGUCACUCUGCCAGGCGCCGCACAACAAGUCACGCCCGUGCUGGACAUUGCGCGUGAGGAUCUUGUGUAUGAUGCGCGAUGGUCGCCUGUCAAGCCCUCUGUGUUUGCUCUUGUCGAUGGAGCAGGUAGCCUUGAAGUGUGGGACAUCAACGUCGACGUCGAAGUGCCUGUACAGUCUAUCAAGCCUAGUGAUAGCAAGAGAGGCGCAUUCACGAACAUGCCGACGGGCUUAGGAUACAUGAACAGAAGUCUGAAUAAGCUAGCGUGGGAGAAGAAUGAGGGCAGGAAGGUGGCUGUUGGUGGCAUGGAUGGCGUUGUCACCGUAUUUGAAGUUGGCGACGACUUGGGUGGUGUACAGACGAGGAGCGAGGAGUGGAGCGGCGUGAAGAGGCUUGUGAACCGACUUGAAGGGCAUGGCGAUGGUGCGAACGGGAAGUAG